AUGUCGGCAAUUCUGGCCAUCAUAGGUUUCAGCGUAAACAGCCCACCACAAAGGGCUGCAUGGAAGCCGGGUCACCUUCGGACCAGUCACGAAUCGACACCCUCAGGCAGGUCAUGGCGCCGCCGUGACAUGGCGGAUCAUAACCGCCAUGCGUGCCAACCAAUGGCAAUUUUCGUCGGAGGAUGGGUCGUCGAAGCUUAUGGUGGGAGUUCCUUACAGGAGGCAUAA